CUCUGACUUAUUACUAUUCGAGUUCCUGUUGUUUUUUCUACGCGGAAAACGUGAAACUGCUUCAUCAAAAAUAUUAAACAAAAAUCAUGGUAUUGUUAAUUAAUCAUUCGGUACCAUCGGAAGGUAUUCACCACACUGAAUCAAACGUUACAGCAAACAUAGAAGGUAGUGAUAUUGGCAGUGGCAGCCUGUACAUCACUGAAAGUUCUGUUUUGUGGCUGAAUGAUAAUGAUCAAGGCAUUCAGUUGGAAUACAAACUCAUUUGUUUACAUGCCAUUUCAAGAGAUCUUACAAAUUUCCCACAUGAACACCUGUUGUGUCAUUAUGAAGGAAAAGUUCCAGGGUUAAAGGAUGAAAAUGAAUCAGAUGAAGAUGAAAAUGAAAGAGACAACGAUUCAGUAAAUGAAUUAACAGAAAUUCGAUUCAUUCCACAAAAUAAAGAAUCCUUACAAGCCAUGUUUGAAGCCUUGGCAAAUUGUCAGACACUCCAUCCAGACAGUGACUGUCAGUUGUCUGGUGAUGAUUUUGAAGAUGCUGAAGAAGGUAGUGGUGAUGCUAUCUAUGACACAGAAGAAAGUGAGAUCCUUCUUACAGAUCAGGGCAGAAUACAGCUGGAGAGGUUGAAUCAACUUUUGGGUGCUGGACAAGGUGAUGCUGACCUCUCCACUCGCACAAGCGAAAUGAGGAUAACUAACGGUCAUGAACCGCCCACAGAUUCUGAUCAGUUUCAAGAUGCGGAUAAUAUGGACAGUUAACUUUUAUGUCAAUACAGAUGCAUUAUGGGUGGAUGAAGGUUUUUUUUUAAGUCAUCUUUUACAUUAUUAUUGUUUCAUUUUAUUUUAUUAUUCACUCUUGCAAAUUUUGCAAGUGAACUGUUACAAAGUUUUUUUUUUUUAAUUUGUUUAACAAUUUGAUGAUGUAAGCUGUUGCUGAGCUUUGUUUGAUAAAAUAAAAUGGUCAAAUAUUGUCUA